AUGACUUGCACGCCAGAUGCGCCCUUGGCCAAACACAUUAUCAACGACGCGGAUACGCUCGUCGAAGAAAGCAUCCAAGGCUUGUGUUAUGCCUAUCCUCACUUGCGAUAUCUCGAAAAGGAAAAAGUUGUGUACAGCGCCAAUGUGGAUGAAGUAGCGGCGAAACAAGUGACCCUGGUGGCCGGUGGAGGAUCAGGCCAUGAGCCUGCACAUGCUGGUAGCGUGGGGGACGGUAUGCUGACAGCAGCCGUGUGCGGUCAGGUAUUCGCUUCACCAUCCGCCGGCCAGGUGCUCGCAGCAAUUGAACGCAUCCAGUCACCUCACGGUACCUUGGUCAUCGUCAAGAAUUACACAGGCGAUUGUAUCAAUUUUGGUUUAGCCGUUGAACGCGCCAAAGCCCAUGGCAUCAAGGUAGAAAUGGUAGUGAUUGGCGACGAUAUCUCGGUUGGUCGUGCCAAAGGUGAAAAAGUAGGAAGACGUGGCAUGGCUGCCACCACACUCAUUAUCAAGAUCCUUGGCGGUCUUGCUGCCAGAGGUGGUUCCUUGGAGGAAGUACGCGCUUUAGGUGAACGACUUGUCAAUCAAGCAGCUACUUUGGCCGUGGGUCUGGAUCAUUGCCACGUUCCAGGAUCUUCCAGUUUGCUGAAACUCGGACCCAACGAGAUCGAGUUGGGCAUGGGGGUCCACAAUGAACCCGGUUUUACAAAAACAAACCUGAUGUCCGCCAAGCCAUUGGUGCGCACCAUGAUGGGCAUGCUCAUUGAUCAAGAUGACAAGGAUCGCGCUUACUUAACAUUACCCAAGGACAAAAAGACCCGCGUUAUUCUUUUUGUCAAUAAUCUUGGGGGCACCGCCAUGUUGGAAUUCAAUCUGGUAGUGAAGGAAGCGGUGGAAGCCGUUCUCGCCACAAACCAUCUGUAUCUGGAACGUGUUAUAGCCGGUCCUUUUGUUACUAGCCUGAACAUGCCCGGAUUCUCAUUGUCCUUGUUAACCCUGGAUGAUAACGAUGAUACUACACUUUCUCUAUUGGAUGCUCCAGUUCAUGUGGCCGGUUGGCCACUCGGUGCUGCGAAAUCAUUUUCGCCUUCCAUAUCACAGACCAUGGACAACAAACUUGUCCAUCCCACCGUAGAUUCCCAAAAUAUCCAUAAACCAUCGGAUACGACGUUGUUCGAAAAGGUGAUACGUGCUGCAGCCAAGGCGGCCAUUGAUGUGGAACCGCAAGUGACAUCGUUUGAUACGCUUCUCGGUGAUGGCGACUGUGGUCACACUAUGAAAACAGCUGCUAAUGCUGUAUUGAAAGAGCUUCCUCACAUGCGUACCCAGUCAGUCCCACAAACACUGUAUGAUAUUGCAGAUGUCAUUGAUAAAUCCGUUGGCGGUACAUCUUCGGCUCUAUAUUGCAUCUUUUUCAAUGCCAUGGCUGCGGCAAUGAUGCAACAGCAACCUCACCUUGUGGAUCAAGUCAUUUGGUCGCAAGCGGCCAAACAGGCUCUCGCUUCGUUGAAAAAAUAUACACAUGCACGACCAGGUGAUCGUACCCUCAUGGACGCCUUGGUUCCCUUUGUGGAAACGCUUUCGGAAAACCAAGAGUCGCUUAGAGCCGCGGUGGAGGCUGCUUACCGAGGCGCCGAAGCUACUCGAACCAUGCCAGCCAAAUUGGGUCGUACCUCGUACUUGACUACAGAACAAGUCGAGUCUGCCAACGUUCCCGAUGCUGGCGCAUGGGGACUCGCCGCCCUUUUAUGUGGAAUCAAGGACGCCGUGCUUGCUUAA